CUGGAGUUGUGUGUGACGGGCCCUGCUCCCGGCGGGUGACGGGGACUCGGGGAGGACGAAGCCGGGCUCUGCCGGGGCGCUCGGGACCAGGCUCCGCGCGGCCAAGGCGCUGCUCUCCCGGUCCCCAGCAGCAUCCAGGCCCGGCCGAGUGGCUCCCCCCAUGGCAGCGGGCUCCGCCCCUGAGUGCCGGGCGCGGGAAGGGAGCCGCGCUGCGGAAGCGGCGGGCGGCUACAGGUUGCCAAGGAAGCGGCUGCGGCUCCCUCUUCCCGUGGGGAGAAGGAGCGGGACGGCCCUGCGGGGAGGCUGGUAACGUCUCCGGGGAAUCCGGCGGGGCAGGGCCGCGGCGCUGCUUGGCGGCUCAGGGUCGUGGCCGGUAGCGGCGGGGCAGCGCUGGGGGAAGGUGCCUGGGCACUGCCCGGGGCAAGGGGAGCUGCUUGGGGGUGACCUGGAGCGCCGGUGUAGUGCCUGCCCCUUUCCCGUCCCCUCCCACUCAGCGUGGGGGAUCUUGCGGCCAGGCUUUGCCCUGGCGGGCCUCCCUCCCUACCCUUUAUGUCAGUUACAGUCAGUAGCCCUCCGUUUUGGGGGGUUAUUUAACUUUUGUGCAAUGAAUGUGUGAGUGGUCGGGGCCAAGUAAACAAUAAGUGCUAAAUAAAUAUCCUUGCAACCCAUGUUUACUAAGUAUUGACUCUGGCCAGUAAUUUCACUCAGGGUCAUUUGGAAACCUCAUUCUUGUUGUGGGUCUAGGUUGUGUUCAUCCUGCUUUUUGUUGCAUUUUAUAUUUGACUGCACUGAGGUACCAGUGAUCCUUUAACUAAUGUGCCUUCCUUUACCAGCUUGCUUUUCUAUUAUUUUUGGUACAGUGAUGGCAAUGUAGAUAGAUGUUUUUAUCUCAACUUUUAAUCUUUUUGCAGAAUUAAGACAGAAUGUUGUCAUCUGUGCACAGACAGGAUAACGAUAUUCCAUCAGAGCUGCAUGUUCAACAAAAGUUGUCUUCUCCUGAUGUUGCUGAGGGAACAAGACAUGCACUACCUAUUACACCUGGAGAAGCAGCAAAACUCUGUUCAUUGAUUCAGUCCUGUGAAGAUUUUUUUAGAAUCAGAAAAGUCAACCAUCAUGGAAAAUAUUUUACAGGUCUAAGUGAAGAAGCAGACCAAUUUUCAGCAUGCAUGGAGGAGGGACCCUUGAAGCAGAAUUGGAGUUCAUUUACCAAAGUUAUGGAUAAACAUCAGACCAAGCUGAAAGAACUGUCACCACAGCUCAAAAGCAGAUCACAGGAAAACUUCCUAGAACAAAACCUGAGUGAAAGUGAAAUGAGAUGGUUGAAAGAAGAUGAAAUUGCCACAUUACAGGAAAAGAUUCUUGAAGCAGAGAUGGCAAUCAGUUCAACAGAAAUGUUUUUGCCUUCAUUUAAAGUCACUGUUGCUGGAAUGACAAAUGUGUGUAACCUUUCUACAUCAGAUAUGAUUAAGAUUUCUAAACAAGAGGAUUUACUGAUAAAGGAACUAGAGACUCUCAAACACGUAAAAGGAUUAUUACUACACCUACUUAGAACAACAGAGCAUAAAGAAAUAAGCAGUAAACAAAUUGACAUUUUGAUGCAGAAGUUAACUGAAAGUGAAACUGAAAAUGAUGGUCUCAGAAAAGAAACACUUGAAACAGAGAAGCAUAUUGUAGAGCUUUCUUCUCAGCUUCAACAGGAAAAAGCAAAUGCACUAAAAGCAGAUCACCUAUCAAAGUCAGUAGAAGCUGUACAAGCCCACCUGCAAUGCCAGAUUCAAAAAAAGGAGGCUGAGAAUGAUCAGUUGAAAGCAAAAAUACAGACUCUGGAAAAGAAAAUAACUGAGUGGAAGCUUCAAAUUGGAAAACACAAGCACCAAAUUUUAGCUGUAAAGGAAACAAAUGAGCAAAAGAAGAAAGCUCUGAAAAAAGCAACCAGAGCCCAGAAACAAAGAGCUGAAUGUUUUGAAGCAUCUGUUGAAAAACUAACUUCCAAAAUUAGAAAGAGGGAAGUCAAAUUGUCUGAAGUACUUUCAGCUUCCAGUGUCUGGAAAAAUCAUCAUGAGAAGGCUGUAGAAGAAAAGACUCGGUUAGAGGUUCAAUUUGAAACUCUGAAGAAACAGAUCACAAACCUUUUGGAGGACAUGAAAAAAAUACAAGAUCGUGGAAGAAAUUCAAAUGAAGAAAUCCAUGGAAAGCUUAAUUCUAUCAAUUCAGAAAGUGCAAAUAUUCGUCUUGAAAAUGCAAAAUUAAAGGCUUUACUUGCUGCUUUGGAAGACAACACUGUUUCGGCUGAAGCUGAACUUUUAAACCUGCAAGAAAAAGUAAAGCAGCAGGAAAACCUUGCUGAACAGUAUAAAACUCAGGUACAAAAAUUACAAACAGAAGCAGAAGAACUGAAAGCCCGAUACAAAAAAGUGUUAAAUGAAAACAAAAUAAUAACAGAAGCCAAAGAUUUAGAGAUAAGUGAGGUGAGGAGCCAGAUACAGGCUCAAUUGAAGGAGUUAGAACAUGUUCGUGACUUACUGAAAGUAGCUGAAGAGAGGCUGCAGGAGUAUCAGGAAAAUCUGUUGUCCUACAAAAGGAGUUAUGCAGACAAAUCCAAAACCAUUAGGGAGCUACAGGUUCAGAUGGAUGACAACAACAGGUUCUUGAGAAACCAUUCUUUGGAAGAGGAAAACUGUAACAUUCAGAAGAAAUAUGAAUAUCUUAAAAGACAGUUAGAAAAGAUGGAAGUACAAAAUGAAGAACUUGCACAUCAGCUGGCAAACCAAGAGGAGAGUCUUCAGCACAGUGAAUUGCAGCUUAAAGAGAAAUUAGCACAAUAUGAUGCUUUAGCCAGACAGUUGGAGGCUGCUUUGGAAGAAGGCAGAAAAAAGGAGUCUGAAGAGGUGGAAAAAAUGUCAUCCAAGGAGAGAGCUCUUCAGACAAAAAUAUUGACUCUGGAAACUGAAUUGAGAGAGAGACGAGAGGAGCAAAAGCGACUUGUCUGCAAAUUAAACAAUAGAGAGAAACAUCAGGAAGUAUGUUUGAAAGAAUUAGAGCACAAUCUACAAAAAUCAGAAAACCAGAACCACAGCAUCCACAAUUAUGUACAGUUCUUGAAAAACUCAUAUGUAACAAUGUUUGGCUGAAUUCUUUAAUUUAGAAUAUUUUAAAUAAUAAGGGCAGAAUCUUGGAAGGCGCUGAGUGUCUUUAACUCUCAGUGAAGUCAGUGGAAGCUGAGGACACUUUGGAUUGAACCCUGUAUCAUUAGGGCUUCAUAGCGAAACUCUCGCUCCAAGUUUUGCAGAAUUGAGCCUACCCUGAUGUAUAUACACUGGUUGAUCAUGUUCUGAAUGUUUACAUGGCAUUACUAAUCUAAAAAUGGCAUUACUAAUCUUCAUUUCUUGAACAAUAGUGAAGGAAAAACUGCGCAAUCUCCAUGAAAGAUAUGUGUUCCUGUUAUUCAAUGUACUUCCAUUGCUGUAGAAAUCUCACUGGAUUCAAUUUGCAUUCCAGCUACCAUGAUAGUAAUAGAAAUACUAUUCUUAAUAUUUUGUAAAUGUAAUAUAUAAUUGAAAGAAAAUCCAUUCAAAUUAUUAUAUGGCGGCACUAAAUGUGGUGACAAUCCUCCUGAUAAUGGCCCCAAUUCAACAAGGUAUUUAAGAAUAUCCCUAAUUUUAAGCACAUUAGUAAUUCAUUUGAAGUCAAUGGGAUUACUCAUGUGCCUAAAACAAACCACAUGCCUAAGUACCUAGCUGAACUGGGGCCAGUAUGAAGGAAAAUCCUGAUUAUGUAAGUUGGUUUUCUAUAGCAAUAGUAUAAAAUAUUCUUACAGAAUUGUGAUAUAGUUUUUAAAGGAUAACAGAUUCAGAUAACAUUGAAACAUCUCAAUAUAUACAUUUUAAGUGUAUAUUAAAUAUCCUAUAAAUGUCUUUUAUAUAUAAAUAUAUAUAUAAAAAUAUAACUGAUGUUACUUAUUU